UCUUAAAAUCAGAUAUUUAGUAAUAUAGCCGUUGCCCGUUAUAUUUCCUUUCCAUUUCAAAUUUACAUAUUUCCCCCAAAACACACACACAGUUUGAACCACCAUUGAAAACAUGAAAGAAACAGAACAACAAAUCACAGAAGAGGAAAAAAUGCAACAUCUUCGAUUCAAAGCCAAUCAAUUUUUUCUUAGAGAAGACUGGGAACAAUCAAUACAAACAUAUUCUCAAUAUAUAUCUCUAUGCCAAACCCACAUUUCAAAUCCCCAAAAUCAACCCGACCCGAAACUCCAAGAAUCUCUCUGUUUAGCCUUUUCAAAGCGGGCCGAAACAAGAUCGAAAAUCCGGGAUUUUGAUGAAGCCCUUAAAGAUUGUGAUGAAUCGUUGAAGAUUGAAAAUACCCAUUUCAAAACCCUAAUGUGUAAAGGUAAGAUCUUGCUGAAUCUUGAUAGAUAUAGUAUGGCUUUAAAUUGUUUCAAGAUUGCGAAUCUUGAUCACCCCAUUAAUAAAGAUUCUAAAAUCUUAAAUGGGUAUUUGGAAAAUUGUAAAAAGCUUGAAUCUUUAUCAAGAUCUGGUGCAUUUGAUUUUACUAGUUGGAUUACAAAUGGGUUUAAAGGUAAGCUUCCUGAGUUAGCAGAGUACAUUGGGGCUAUUGAAAUCAAAAAAUCUGAAAUUAGUGGUAGAGGAUUGGUUGCAACUAAGAAUAUUGAUGUUGGUUCUUUGUUGUUGGUCACUAAAGCUAUUGCAACCGAAAGAGGGAUAUUGUCGAAAAAUGAAGAUUUGGAUCACAAUGCUCAAAUGGUAAUGUGGAAGAAUUUUAUAGAUAAAGUUGUUAAAUCAAGUUCAAGUUGCAAAAGAACACAAUAUAUGAUCUCAAAGUUAUCUGUUGGUGAAAAUGAGGAAGCUCUUGAGGUUCCUGAUAUCGGUAUUUUUAGGCCUGAAUCAGAGCAAGAUUGUAGGUUAUUGAAUGAAAAGAUGGAUAUGGAUUUUUUGUUGAGUAUAUUGGAUGUGAAUUCGCUUGUUGAAGAGACAUUUUCAAGUAAAUUUUUGGGGAAAAAUGGCGAUUAUCAUGGAGUUGGGCUAUGGGUUUUAGCUUCUUUUAUUAAUCAUUCAUGUAAUCCUAAUGCCAGGAGAUUUCACAUUGGAGAUCAUGUAAUUGUUCAUGCUUCUAGAGAUAUAAAAGAAGGUGAAGAGAUCACUUUUGGCUAUUUUGAUGUGUUUUCACCAUUAAAAGCCCGAAAACAAAUGGCAAACAAUUGGGGGUUUGAUUGUCAUUGCAAGAGGUGCAAAUUUGAGAACGAAAUUUGGUUAAAACACGAGAUGGGAGAAAUUGAAAUUGGGCAUGAAAAUGGGGCAGAUGUCGGAACAACGAUUUAUAAGUUAGAGGAGUGUAUGAGGAAAUGGAUGGUGAGAGGUAAAAUGAAAGGUUACUUGAGGGCUUCAUUUUGGAAGGUUUAUUCGGAACUUUUUGUAUCGGAGAAGUUAUUGAGGAAGUGGGGGAGGAAAAUUCCGACAAUAGAGAUGGUCGUGGAGAGUAUCGUGGAGGCGGUUGGGGGCGAUGAGCGUGUUUUAAGGGUGGUCAUUGAAGGGAUGAAGAGGAAUGGUGGUGGUGGAGUGGUGGAAAUGGAGAAGGUAAUGAAGUUAGGGAGAGGAGUUUAUGGGAAAGUAAUGAAGAAACAAGCAAUGAGAAGUCUACUUAGUUGAUCAAAAUUGGGCUUAAUCUGAUACAUUUGAUGUUCUUGUUCCUUUAGUAUUUUUUUUAGAGUAAAUUCUCUUUGCAAUUCUUAGGUAAAUCACUAAAUCUAGAGUUCUAACUUGAGAUAUUCAAUUUGUUCUUCAUGUUUGAUUCCAAAUUAUGUUGGAAUACAAAAACGAUUUUUUUUUAUA